ACCCUGAAGUUGCUGCUGAACUUUCUGUGGGCAGCAAAAGCAAGAAGAGUUUACUGUGGUAGAGUUACAAUUAAAGUGCCAGAGAUUUUUGCAGUUUUUGAGGGUUUAUAAAUGAAUUAAACGAUGAAGGCAGGCAAACAAGAGAAGUAUGUGCUCUUAAAUGAUGACUCUGACACAGAAGAGUUUGAUAAAAGUAAAGUAGCAGUGAUGCACCAUUCCCAAGCUGGAAAAACACAGUUGCACAGCAAUAAGAAGUUUCCACUCCAUUUUCACCCACAGAGGCUCUGUCAGGUUUUCUUUAUCAUUAUACUGCUCACUUCUCAAGCAGUCCUGAGUCUCUUUGUUCUGAAAUUGUAUCAUGACAUGGAGACAAUAAAGCUGAAGCAAGUCACAACGUGGAAAGAUGCCCCUCUUAGCAACAUUGCAGCUGAACAGAAAGAUGUGGAAGCAAACAGCAGAGGGAAAUCCAAACUCUUGAACCAGCAGACUGAUGAAUUGAAACCAUCAACAUCCACUCCAGAAGCCAAGGAUCCCAAAAAAGAUUUUUCUAUUGCGGAGGCUAUUUCCCUGAGACAAAGAGUUGAUGCAAUAGAAAUGGGCAUUAAAUCCUUACAGAUGAUUGAUUCUCAAAAACCUGAAGGAAUGAAAUCAAUGCAGUUUCAGCAGAAUGGUGAAAACAGCCCCAAGGAAGAAACCCAGGGGACUUCUUAUCUGCUGGAGUGUUUUCAUAAAUUGAAUAUGUCCACAGCAAUAGAGCUCCAAGAAAUGAAAGGCAAAAUAACAUGGCUGCAAAACUACAUGCUUAAUUUCACAGGCCAGCUCCUCAGUGUGGAGGAAAAAAAUGACGCUUUGAUGCAUCCGUUAAAUUCACAGAACCCUUUUGAGUCUAAGAUGAAUGCCAUGGAAAAGCAAUUCAGCAAUGCCACAGAGGCUCUGAGCAACCUUCAAAACCGCCUUGAGGAGGGACUGGACACAGUGUUUUUACAGAUCUCUCAGCUUAAAGACGAUUUCUUCUUUAUUGAGAGCUUCUUGAAUCACACAGAUAUGAAAAGCUCAAAGUCCUAUGUGUCCACAUCUAAACUCUCAAAGGAAACUGAAGAUACACCUGCAACUAUCCCUCCAAAUACCCAGGCUGAUGCACUACUGAAGGAUCCAACAGCCCAAGUCCUUCUAGACCAUAAGACAGAAACAAUGGGGCCAGAGACAAUGGAGAAACCCAAAAUAAACAUCCCAUUUAUAAAGAAACUUACAGAUCUCCAAGUCUUCUUUUAUGGUGCUGACAAAAAUGCAAAUGGAUACCUCACAUUCAGUGAGAUGGAAAAGGUCCUGGGAGAAGACACACCUCAGAGAGAGGAACUUCAAGAAUUUGACAAUGAUAAAAAUAGCAUGUACUCAUACCUUGAACUAAAAAAAGCCCUUGAACUGGCAGAAUAACUGAGAAAACUAAAUGCAAGGUGGAGAGAUGCAAGCAAUGUUCUGAAUUUUUUUUAAAAGUUUUAUAUAGGAAAGAAAAUCACAUGCAGUUCUAUUUGUUCAUGUUUCUUCAAAUGGGAUAUAUUAAUGGUGUAAAGAUAAAAGGAUCAUCCUUAAAUAUGUAUUCCCUAUUUACCACAGUAGUCAGUUACUAUAGAAUAGCCAGUGGAGAGAAACUGCAAAUGUUUAACUGUCCUUAUAAUUAUUAACAUUUUAAUCAAAUAUUAAUAUGAAUAAAUGAAUUUUGUUUUGCUGUACAUAAGAGAAAUUGGAAGGACAAAAAUAUUAGUGGUUAAAUUUGAUUUAGAAACCUUUGACUUACUAUUAAAACUGUU